CUGCCCGGCAGUUCCGCGCGGGCGGAGCGGGGAGCGGCACCCGCGGCGGCGGCGGCGGCCCGGCAGCAUGGGCUGGAGCUGACAGCGCCCGCCCCGCAGACGCCGAGCGCUGCCGGCGGGGGAGCGACGGAACCGGCGGCGGCGAAGGGAAAAGUUGCCGCGUCCGCCCGGGGAAACUUUCUGCCGCCGAGGCGGGGAGGGGGCGGCGGAGCCGAGCCGUCCGGUGCGCUGCGGUCCCUGCGCGGCGGCGGGCGCGCUGCGCUGAGCUAAUCUGCGCUGCGCUGAGGCGGCGCGGGGGCCAUGCCCGCCGCCAGCCUGCUGCCGCUCUUCGGUAGCGCGGCGGGGCCGGGGGCGCUGGGCGGCCCCGCGGGCGGCGGCGCGGGCGGCGGGGGCAGGAAGGCGGCGGGCCCCGGCGCGUUCCGGCUGACGGAGAAGUUCGUGCUGCUGCUGGUGUUCAGCGCCUUCAUCACCCUCUGCUUCGGGGCCAUCUUCUUCCUGCCCGACUCCUCCAAGCUCCUCAGCGGCGUCUUCUUCCACUCGGCCGCCCUGCAGCCGCCGCCGCCGCCGCCCGGCGGGCAGCCCCGCGCCCCGCCGCAGCCCGGUGGCGGCCCGGUGGCGGCGGCGGCGGCGGCGGCCGCGGGCGGGGCGGGCAGCCUGGAGCGCAUCCGCGCCGACCACGAGCGGGCUCUGCGGGAGGCCAAGGAGACGCUGCAGAAGCUGCCCGAGGAGAUCCACAGGGACAUCCGCCAGGACAAGGAGAAACUUCUGCAGGACGCCCGCGGCAGGAAGGAGGCGGGCGCCCCCGGGCUGCCCCAGCGCCUCUUCCGCCAGCCCGUCGGCGCCGUGGGGCAGGAGCCCGCCGACCCCGCCGUCCGGCAGAGGAGGGCCAAAAUCAAAGAGAUGAUGAAACAUGCCUGGGAUAAUUAUAAGCGGUACGCAUGGGGAUUAAAUGAACUGAAACCCAUAUCUAAGCAAGGACAUUCAAGCAAUUUAUUUGGUAACAUUCAAGGAGCAACAAUAGUGGAUGCCCUUGAUACACUAUACAUCAUGGAAAUGAAAGAGGAAUUCAAGGAAGCCAAGGAGUGGGUUGAAAAAAACUUAGAUUUCAAUGUGAAUGCUGAAAUUUCGGUAUUUGAAGUGAACAUUCGUUUUGUUGGUGGAUUACUUUCAGCUUACUAUCUUUCAGGAGAAGAGGUUUUCCGAAAAAAGGCAGUGGAGCUUGGAGAGAAAUUGCUACCUGCUUUCAACACUCCCACUGGGAUACCUUGGGCCUUGCUUAAUAUUAAGAGUGGAAUCGGUCGAAAUUGGCCAUGGGCCUCUGGCGGCAGCAGCAUUUUGGCAGAAUUUGGCACUUUGCAUCUGGAGUUCGUACACCUGAGCCACCUGUCUGGAAACCCUGUCUUUGCUGAAAAGGUAAUGAAUAUUCGAAAAGUUCUAAAUCGACUGGAUAAACCAGAAGGCCUUUACCCCAAUUAUCUGAAUCCCAGCAGUGGCCAAUGGGGCCAGCAUCACGUCUCCAUUGGAGGGCUUGGGGAUAGCUUUUAUGAAUAUUUGCUCAAGGCAUGGCUGAUGUCGGACAAGACAGAUGAAGAAGGCAAGAAAAUGUAUUAUGACGCGGUUCAGGCCAUAGAGACCCACCUAAUUCGCAAAUCGAGUGGGGGGCUGACAUACAUCGCUGAGUGGAAAGGUGGACUGCUUGAACACAAGAUGGGACAUCUCACUUGUUUUGCUGGCGGCAUGUUUGCUCUUGGAGCAGAUGGAGCACCUAAUGACAAGACGGGCCAUCACAUCGAGCUUGGUGCUGAAAUUGCUAGGACUUGCCAUGAAUCCUAUGACCGUACAAGCAUGAAGCUGGGACCAGAAGCCUUCAGAUUUGAUGGUGGUGUUGAGGCCAUUGCUACAAGACAAAAUGAAAAAUACUACAUCCUGCGACCAGAAGUCAUAGAGACCUACAUGUACAUGUGGCGGCUCACUCAUGACCCAAAGUACAGGCAGUGGGGAUGGGAAGCUGUAGAGGCACUGGAAAAACAUUGCCGGGUAGAUGGUGGCUAUUCUGGCAUUAGAGAUGUUUAUAACAAUCACGAAAGCCAUGAUGAUGUGCAGCAAAGUUUCUUCCUUUCGGAGACACUCAAGUACUUGUAUUUGCUGUUUUCUGAAGAUGAUCUUCUUCCAUUCGAACACUGGGUCUUCAACACAGAGGCUCAUCCUCUCCCUGUUCUUCGCAAAGAUGAUGGGAAUAAAGAAGAAAACCAGAAAUAAAUUAAUAUUAAGUUAUACUUUGUUUCAUUCCUUAAGUUUCUUUCCAGGACUUGGGCACAUGAUUUGGUUUUAAAUUCCUGAGUUAAAUUUUAAAAUGAAGUGUUUUGCAGUCUUUUCUUUACCAGUAAAUACUUAUCAAUAGUCCCCAACUGAUUACGAUAAAAGUUCAUUCCUCUUAUCCAGCUGAACUACUACUUAGAAGAUAAAUAAGAUGCCUUUCCAGAUCUUGUUAGGCUGCAGUGUCAUCUUGGCCAAAAGGAGCGGAGGGUCUGCAUGUUACUUGUUUCCUGUUAUGCUUUUAAUUUGACUGCAAAAUUCUUUUCUCCUCUAUGAGGAGAUGUCUGCUUUAAGCUGUAAUAUUUUGCCAUGUUGCAAAAAGCCAUAUUGAAUUGAGUAUAAAGAGCUUUUUUGUUGUUGUUAUUUUGUUCUAUGUUAAUUUGUUUUGUGUGUCAUCCCAGACAAAUCUUGUGACUGUGACAAGCCUCUUCCUAUGCGGGUCUAUCAUUACUUGGUAAAGUGUCUGAUGUUUUUCAUAGUCAAUGAGGUCUACAUAGGAAUACUUUCAUCUUAUGCAGACAUGACUCUGAAACUGCAGUAUACGUUGAAGUUAGACUAAACCAAUUUCUAUUAAUUUAGCAUAUUAGUUAGCAGACCUUAGUUUAUCAGGUUUUGAUUAGAAUAUUGUAGUAGAGUAAAUUGUUUCCUCCCUUUUCUAAGUGGUGUUAUUCUCAUGUCUUUAGUCAGGCUACUACGGAAUAAAAUAAGACAGUCAUUUCUUAUUAAGAAAGGGAGUCUUACCUUCUUUACCUGUUUGGUCCAGUAACUUUCAUUUGGUUGGAUGGUAAAAAGACCAAAAAAAUACUCAAUGACAUUUUCCUGGAAGCUGAGAAUUAUAUCAGAGACAAUCUGUUCAGCUUUCUGGGACUUUCUCAACCAUUCAGAUAGGUUCAGACUUGACACCAGGCUUUGAUAGUUUAUCAUCACAAAGCGAUUUAAUGUAUCUGCAUGAAUAAAACUAGAUGUUCAGACGCGUUGAAGCAAACUUGUCUCCUUCAAAGAAGAUAAUAAUUCAGAAAGUUAGUUAUCCAGUUUCCUCCAGAGAGCAAGUUAGGACGAAAACUUUCUGAAAGCACUGAGUCUGUCUUGUCCGAGUGACAGAAAUGCGUUGUGCUUAAAUAUAUUCCCUAGAUUAGAGGCCUGGCUUAUUAAGAAGGGUAACAGCUUUGCCAAAAAUGUUUUACUUUGUGGCAUCACCAAAGGAGGGGGGGGGGAAGGCACAAUUAAGUCAGGUUUCUACUUAAGUGUAAUUUGGAGUAGUUUACAUGAAUGUUAACUCUAUCUAGGUUUUCAUUUAGUGACAGGAUGACUUUCAUACAUUUUGAGUAGGGUAUAACACCUGGCUUCCCAUUCUGAGAAAGCACACUGGUCACUGAUUGGACUGCAACAAAACAACUAUGGCUCUGAACAGUGACCUUUAAAGGUAUUUAGAAAGAUAGUUCACAUGUCCAGCAAAGCUAAUCACAGCUGAGGAAGCGCAUUUGUUUGUUUAGGCGUUACAGAGUACAUUUCUUCUAUACUAAUAGAGGUCUGCAAUGUAGGUUUUCUUAGGUAGAAGCCAAGAGCAAAAGCUAGCGGACUACAUUUUUAUAUACAGCAGCUGGAGGCUGACCCAUAAACUUGACCCUCUGGCAUCUGUAAAGACAGCACUGCCUCUCUGCGUCGCCUGCAGGCAGAGGAGAUGGCGUGUGCCACAUGAGCUGCCAAAGACAUUUGUGUAGGGGGCAAGGCAAGAGGAUCUUCAGUGAUGCUGAUCCUUCCACCGCAGGCCUGCCAGAGUUGUGCAUUUGUACGUGGAAUUUAACAGGGUACCCUGCUGAGCCUGGGCAGCCCCGCGCCGCAAGAACGGAUACAAAUGUAUGUGCAUCUGCCUCAGAAGAAGCCUGCUUACAUGGAACUGGCACAUUGGCUCAAGACUUUUUGCUUUACUGCCUUCUUUUAAAUUAUUUUUAUUUUCUUUUUUUAAAAUAUGGGUUCCCUCAUGUCACAGUAACAUUAGUCAAACUGAGCGAGCAAGGAUGAAGUCUUGGCUCUCCUCUGUUGAACAGCAGAACACCUGCUGAUUUUGAGACUCCAGAAUUUGUAUCCUUGGAGGACUAUAAUAUUUCAUUGUAUUUCUUCAGAAACAAUAUUUAUAAAGGAGCUUUUUUUUUUUCCACCACCCCUGAAGUUCAGAGAAAUUAUAGCUGUGGAAUUUAAAAAAAAAAAAAAAAAAAAACGAACACACCACGCUUCCCCCUUUAACCAAAAACUGGUAGGAUAACUAAGACUUAUGUCCUAGUUAUCUUUAUUGGCUCACCUGCUGCUGCCUGCCACAUGGGUGUGCAUGUGCUGCUCAUUAACUGAUAUGAGGCCUCUACAGUAGCUCAAAAACAGCCUUUGACAAAUGGGUUUUGUAAGCCUCUUUCUACAUGGUUUUCUUAACCACCAUAUGCUUCCCCUAGAUGUGUCUAGUGAUCUUGCAUUUACUUAACAAGCUGAAGAGAUACAGUGGAGAACCAGAUAGCUCCUCUUUGCUUUUCAAAAAGCAGGCUACAAACAUGAAACUCUUGUAUGCAUCAGAUUCUACGUACUUAAAUAUAAGCAUCACGACUGUUUCCUUGUAAUACAGACACUUAGUAUGAAUUUUAUUUUUUUUUUUUUUAGUUUGGGAGUUACAAUGAUUUGAAAGAGCACAAAUUUGAUGUGGCUGGUAUUGGUAUUCAGGUUGUAUGUACAAACUGCACUAUGCUGUACUUUUUGUAAACUAAUGUAAGUAGACGAAAAGAUUGUACAACGUGUAGAUCUGCCAACUGUAAGAAAAAUUUUUCAUAAACUGAGAAUAUAUUGAUUUUUCUUCCUUUUUUUUUUU